AAACAGCUGACAGGCUUAACAGAUAAACUAAAGCUAUCAACGCAGCUGUUGCAGGGACGAAACUGCUUCGAUGAACCAUCUUGGCUUUCUGUGUGAUGCACUUGUUUUGACUGAGAUGUUAUUAUAACUAAACUAGAUUCUAGAUUUCUAUACAAAAUCACAAUCUCGGCCUAAUUAUCAUCUGACUUAUCUCACCGAAGGGAAAUAAACCCACUUCCGUUAGGCUAUCAAACUUUUUAUUUUACCCAAAUGAUUCUACUCUACCAGACCUCAGUGGUUUAUUUGCCAAGUUGUUUAAAAAUUACACAAAUAUUAUAUUUUCAAUAUUCUCCUUCAAAUUCAAAUAGACUUGAAUCAAUCUCUAUUUUACUAGAUUAAUUUAACAUUUGAUCCUGUAUGCAGUUUCAAGGAGAUUUUUUAUUAAAUAGCACUCACAUUCUUUGGAAAUUAUUACCUAUUUUCUCUGCUCACAGUGACUGCUCAUAAAAACUGGCCUAAAAGAAAAUGAAAAAGUGUAAUUGCUUGUGUUUGUGAUUCAAAAAACGCAGGAUGUCUUGUAUGAAACUGAAAGACUGAAAGAGCUGACUGAAAUGACAUGAAGAUUGAAAGGCAUUCGAUGUGAGAGUUGCCUCUGCAAUGUCAGUGGAGAGAGACUUCGUAGUGCCAGAUCAUGUUGCACUGUCUCUGGCUAAGUCAGGUGAUCUGGCAGUGGAGAUUUUUCUCAAAGUCUUGGCUUGCUCAGAGUCUAAAACAUCCUUGAGGGAAUCUGAGGGGCAAACAGCAGCGCAGCCUUUACCAUCAGGGAACCGUCGGCUGGAGGAGAGAAGGUCUGAACAAAAAAUAUUAGAAACACAACGAAAAUCCACGGAGAAGAGGCACAGAACUAAUAGAGAGAAUCCUCUCACAACGCAUCAUCAUGGGAGCAGCGCUGGUGAUGGAGAUUUUGUUGGUAGAGAUGACUUUGACAGAGGUGAUUCCUACACCCUAGUUGAUGGAGCAAUGAGGAACAUGCAAACCCAUCUUGGUCAGAUUUCCUGUCUGUGUGAGAAUUUCUUCGAGAGGUGUCCAACAAGUAGGCUAAAUGCCGCUGACAAGCGUCACUGUGGCAGAUUUCACAGUGGUGGGCUAAACCAGCCAAAAGCUAAACAGUGGAGAAGAUCUCGAGAGCAAGAGAAAAGCCGGGCUGCACAACACUUUGAUUCUACUUCAUCAGAGUCAGAAGAAAGCCGACAAAGCUCAAGUGCUUGUGACAGUGAUGCCAGUGUUUUAUCUCGGCUGACAGAAGAACCUGAGCACCUUAAUCAAAAAUACAUGGACCUGAUUGAUCGACUACCGUACUCAAAGUCUUAUACAAUGAAGAAAAGCCGCUCAGAAGUUCAUCAUCCUACUGGUUACAGAUCGGAGAAAUCAGAUUCAGUGGAGAGUAAACAGCAAAUGACCAGUAAAAUGGUCCCUGUAAGUGUUCACAAUAAGCAGUCAAAGUCUGGUGGACGCAUCGUUCAAAGAGAAGCACCACACAUGGCUCGCUCCUCCUCUGAUGUUUCCUCCAAACAUGUCUCCUUCAGCUCUACCCGUUCAACAGUCAUUUCUCCGGUGGGUGCCAGGAUUCCCCGAACGCAAACGGCUUCAGGGUCGGGGUCUUUGUCGUCUGCAUCAAGUCGAACACGCAAGAGUUUGUCAGAAAAGGAUCGUGCUUCUACUGCCUCUCAAGGUGUCAAGAUACUGACGAGGCCCGGCAGUUUUGUGAUACGGAAGACUUUACAGACCAAGGAUUCCCACACGGUCAGCGUGAGGCCAGGGGAGUUCGUCGUUGUCAAUUUCCAGGAUCACUAGAUCAAACUUUAUCCUGAAUUUAAUCAAAAAAUGUCCUGUAUGCCAAAUGAAAAGGAUUUUUAUUUCACGCUUUGAGAAGGAAUUUCUUUGACAGUUAUAAUUGUAGCUGAAGGAAGUGUCAUUGCAUGGACAUCAAGUUUAUUGUCAUCAGUAUUCUUUGAGUACAAAUGAAAGCCUUUUGAACUUCUUUCUUACCUUUUUUUUUUUAGGACAGGAAUUCAUAUAUAUGGAAAUUUUCUAAUCUUUGCUAUGAUAUAUCAGAAAAAACAUUUGAAGAUGCCAGACUACUUAUGCUCAUACUCAUACUAGCUUUCUAAUGUAUAGCUGUC